GCUGUCACCGUCCAUCGAGUUCGUAUCUGUCCGUUGCCAUCGUCGCUGUCGUUGCGUUGUGAUUCGCUGUACAUAGUGCGAUUCGAUUCUUUCAAGUUUUUUCCGUUUAUUUUUCCUCUAUCUCCUCUCUUAUUGUUUCCAUUUGUGCAAGUAGAUAGCGACAAUUUCCGCGUUCACGAUUUAGUUAAAGUGCACGUUUCGCCGUUCUGCCAAGCUUCAUUUCGGAUAAUUCAGGAAAAGAUCAUCACAAAGUAAAAUAUGUCAUCCGAAAAAGAAGUUGAAGUCGUCGACUCUCAUGACCAUGGCGAUGAAGACGAACAUGAUUCCAACUACCAACCACCGCCACAAAAAACCAUUGAAGAAAUCAUGGCUGCUGACCAAGAAGAUGAAAGUCUUCGUCGGUAUAAGGAAGCCUUGCUGGGCGAUGCACAAGCAGGAGCCGUGAUAGUUGAACCAAAUGACCAACGUAAAGUACUUGUGAAAAAAUUAGCAUUAUGCGUUGAAGGACGUGACGAUAUGGAACUUGACCUUACAAGUGAUUUGUCUCAACUGAAGAAACAGGUAUUCACUAUUAAAGAAGGGGUUAAGUAUAAAGUUCGUAUAGAUUUCAUUGUACAACGCGAAAUUGUCCAUGGAUUGAAGUACAUUCAGAAAACAUAUCGAAUGGGAGUUCCAGUAGUGAUGGUCGACAAAAUGACACACAUGGUCGGGUCGUAUCCACCCAAAAAAGAAAUCCAAAGCUACACUACACCCGUCGAGGAGGCGCCAGCAGGAAUGAUGGCCCGUGGUACUUAUUCUGUGUCAUCUUUGUUCACCGACGACGAUAAACAUGAACAUCUGAAAUGGGAUUGGACAUUUGAAAUUAAGAAAGACUGGCAAUAAACGAAUGUCCUUAGUCUUAUUCUUUUCAUUUAACGACUUUAUUUUCUUUUUUGUUUUUGUUUUUUUUUUGUUUUUUCGUUUUGUUUCCUCCGUCAAGAGGGACGUUGUAUUUCACAAACACACAAGUGCUUAAGAUAAUGUCCUUAGAAAGUAUAAUUUCAAAACAGGGGGAUUGGUUUCCACUAGGAUUGCUAAUUUGAUAGUCACAUCUUUAGUUCAAGUGCAUCUGGCCAGUUGUUGGGUAUGUUUUAUGGUCAAUUCUUUUCAAAAUGUACGCCGCUGCAGAUAUGUGUUCCGAUAGUUCUAAAGCUCAUAGGUUGAUGACUCAAAUUCAUUCACUAACAACCAACUCUGCCUCAUUGCGAAGAUUUGUAUUCGAAGCAAAGAAAGGUUGUAAAUUUUGUAUAAAAUGUAGAAUUUCCUUAGCUUUCUCUUGUUUCGUUCAAGUACAGUUGAAACAAUGUCAUUCAAUUAUUGAAAAGUCCUGCAAAUCCGCAUUCUGGCUUAGAAUAAGAUGUGAAAUUAUAGAAUUUCAAGUAUAGCAACGAAAAAACAUGAGGAUUAAAAGCGUUCUUUAAGAAGAUCAAAGAAAUUUCAAGUCAUUCGCAAGUAAGCAAUUAAGAAAGUAUUCUAUUCUUUUUCGUGUAUAAGACUAUUUGUAUCGUCGUGUUAACCAUAUUUACACAAAUUUAUUAUGUCCAAAGGCAUAUUUUGUUUUAUUUUUGAUAUUGUUCGUUACUUUUUGCCUUAUUUCCAUCACAUAAUCUUUCGAUAUGCCAUCUUUCUAAGUGUGCUAAAACAAAACAAAGAGUAAUCGUUCAUAUUCGAAAUUUGGCUUUCAUUCUCGUAAACGGGGACAGGUAAAUAAGUACACCACACAAAACCCAGCUAUAAACGCUAGAAAACGAGUCAAAUAUUUAAGAGACAUUAAUGUAAAUCAUUGAAUACAGUUAAUUUAAAUUUCAAAGCAUAAAUACACAAAUAUAUUUUUGAAAAGAGUAACAACCGCAGUAACAGCAACAAUGAGAUUCAGAAAAGUACAGUGUACACGUAAAGAAAACGGGAACGUCUAGCGAUGGUUCAAUAUUGUAGUAUUGAUAAUUUUAGAUUAAAAUUUAGUAAAAAUAAUAAGAAUGCAAAAAAUGAUCUUGUCUGUAUGGUCUGCCUUGUAUAUUUCAUAUACCAAAAUUUAUAAUAUGAAUAAUAUAGAUU